AUGUUUCCGUCCUUUUCGUUAGAUUUUGAUAAUGACAAACUAGUAACCCCAACACCAACACGUGCAAUCAAUAUGGAUUUGUUUGGUAUUGACGAUGAAGAAGUUAUUGUAGAGGAGGAUAGCAAAACCCGACUUGAUCUCGAGUCAGGCUGGUUUGGUAUUAAACAAACAACAAUAACUCCUCACAAUAUGAUUUUAUCUAGUAAUUCUCUGAAUGAUUCAACAUUUGGUAUUACUUCCGAGCUUAAGACAAAAUGUUCAUUGACCGAUGAAAAUGAAAUUCCAAAAUCCAACAUGCAAAAGAGAAAGAGAAAUUUUGCUAAUGAUGAUAGAGAACCACUUAGAAAUAUUUCUAACAAUUAUUCAUCUUCAUCAUCAUGUGAUAUGGCUCCAAAAACUAAAAAGAAGAAAAUUGUAGCAAUAGAUUUGGAUGAUAGGAGAGCAGGAAAAAGAACUUUAUACGUUUCCAAUGAGCCUUCUCAUUAUCAUUCUAUUGAGGCAGCAUUAGCCAAUGCUUUACCUUAUGAUACUAUUCAAGUAAGUCCGGGCAUACAUAAGGUAUCUAGUACCAUAACAGUAAAUGUCGAAGGUGUACAUAUUACAGGAGAAAAUCCAGCAAAUGUGAAAAUUAUUUGUACACAACCUGUUCCCCUAAUGUCUGUAGUGGAAAAUUACGUGACACUUUCUAACUUGGCCUUUUAUCAUGACUGUAGCUCAGAGAUUGAUCCAGCAACAAGCAGUAGAAAUACUGGAUUGUUAGAAGUAGACGGUCCUAGAGUUGAAAAUUCAUUCCAGACCCAGAUCCUUAAUUGUUACAUAAUGUCAAGUGUAGAACAUGGUUUAUACUUGACUGGCUUUGCAGAGCCAAUUAUUGCUAAUUGUUCCAUUAUGGAUUGUACAAAGAUUGGUAUUUUAUUUUGCAAGAAUGCUAGUGGUAUUAUCAAAAACAACAAAAUAUUAAGAAACAAUUAUGAGGGUGUUACUUGUAGAGGAAAGUCUCAUCCAAUACUUAAGAAUAAUGAUAUUUCUGAUGGCAAAUCUGGAGGAAUAUUCAUUCGUGAUAACUCUCAUCCACAUAUUAUUUCGAAUAUUAUUUCUAACAACAAAAGAUCUGGCAUAUUUGUAUCACAUAAGGCCAAACCAUUUAUUUCGAGAAAUGAAAUCCACAACUGCAAGGAGAAUGGUAUAGUUCUCAAAAUGGAUGCUGGUGGAAAGAUAGAGGAAAACGACAUUUAUCAAAAUGCCUAUCCAAAUGUAUAUAUUACCGAGGAUUCUGAUGCUGAAAUUGUUAAUAACAAGAUUAGGGAUGGUCUUUCUUUUGGAAUUUGGGCCAAAGGAAAAUGCUCAUCAGAAAUUAAGAAUAAUUCUAUUUAUGAUAACUUUGGAAAGAAUGUUUUGGUAUCUGAGUUUGCCAAGCCAAGCUUCCAUUCUAACACUAUUUAUUUUACAGGCACAAAGAAACAAAAUGAAGAAUUACGAGGUAUUGUGCUUAAGGAUCUUUGUAAACCAAUAUUCGAGUACGAUCACAUUUAUGGACACACAUCAUCUGGGGUUGAUGUUGGAGGAAGAGCAGGACCAAUUUUGUGUUCAUGUGACAUUCAUGACAAUACAAAGAAUGGAAUUCUUGUUAGAGGUUAUGCAAGUGCUACAGUCAAAGAUUGUUCAAUUUACCAAAACAAUAAUCCAAAUAUUUUAUCAGUUGACACAUCCGAAGCAAAAAUAGAGAAUUGUAAAGUAUAUAAUGGAAAGCAAACUGGCAUUUCAGCCAAAGGUAAUGGUACUCUUAAAUUACAAGACACUGAAAUUUACAGCAAUCAAUUUACAAACAUCAAACUGGGAGGUAGUUCAACAGCUACCAUUUUUGGUUGUAAAAUCAGCUCAGGAAGACAAAGUGGUAUUUGGGUGAAGGAUGAUUCACGUGGUAGUAUUGAUAGAUGUACUUUUAGUGGAAAUAGAAGAGAAAAUAUUCUUAUGGAAAUAUCAGGCAACAUGAAUAUUGGUUCACAUAAUGUUUAUGAUAAAUAA